GUUGACACUCUAUGUUCAUCACCACCGAUAUUUGUCAACUUAAUUUAUAUCAAAAGUAUUUUUUUCUUGAACGUAAGAAGAACCUGUUAAUUUAAGUGUAAUCGUACGUACUAAGAAUGAAUAGGAAAGUUCCUUAAUUUUAAGUGUGUCUCUUAUCGUUUUGUGGUUGAAUAGAUACUUUUAAAAACUAACUUGAAACUAACCUUAAUCAAGAUGAAUGAAUUGAAUCAAGACGUCUCUAACACGAUUCCAAUGAACAUGCCCCCUGGAACAAUGCCGCCUAUGAAUAGGCCGCCUGGAGGUAUGCCGCCUAAUAUGCCACCAGGAAGUAUGCCGCCAAAUAUGCCAAUGGUCGGCAUGCCACCGAGUGGUUUACCACCGAAUAUGCCUCCUGGUACAAUGAUACCAAAUAUGCCGGGUCAAAUGUCAAAUAUGCCACCUGGAACAAUGGCAUCUAAUACUAUGCCGCCUGGCACAAUGCCUCCAGUAAGCAUUCCACUUAACAAUGUUCCACCAGGUGCUAUGCCAACGGCAACCAUGCCUCCUGGUACAAUGCCACCUGUUAGUAUGCCUCCUGGCACAAUGCCACCAGUAAGCAUAGCUCCCAGCACAAUGCCUCCUGGAACAGGGAAUAUGCCACCGAAUAUGUCGGGGCCACCUCCAAUAAAUCAUCCAGUACUGUUGCCACCUCCAGGAAUACCUCCGACAUUAGCCGGCAAUCAAAAUUCAAAAGAUCUGCCAUCUUUAUUAUCUUUACAUGUGGAAAAGCCUGAUGAAGUUGCUAAAACAAAAACUGAGGUAGUUUUGCCAAAAGCAUUGGAGCAAGUCUUCGCCCUUAAGGAUCAAAGAGCGGCCGAAUUGGGAACAGAGGUCGAUAUUGCUGAAAAGGUAUCAAGCGAAAAUGUGGUUAGUGUGGACUACACAGAUGCCGAUAAUGAAUCUGAUGAAGAAACAUCAGCACCUGCCCCAUCUGUUAAUGGUUCAAAAGCUGGUAAUCGUCAAAACAAACACAAAAAGAAAAAAGAGAAAAGGAAAAGGGCCAAAAAUAAGAAGAAAAUGGAACAAGAACAAGUAAAAGAAAAACAAAAAGAAGAGAAAGAUACAAAUAAAAGUGAUACAAAGGAUAAAAAGUCAGAUGAACCUGAACCAGAAAUUGAAUAUGUUCAGGAAAUGAUAAACAUUACCGAAUUAGCACCAAUGCAUAGGCAGUUUUUCAAAAUUUUUGUUGCUUUUAAAAUAGCAGAAAAACAUGCCGAAGCUCUUAAAGCCAGUGAACAAAAUUUGAAGCUGGAAGCUGAAAAGAAAAGAGAUAUGAAAACGAAAGAUAACUUUGUUGAUGAAGAUGAUAUGGAUGAGGCACCCAUUGAGGAUAAAGAAAAACUGUCUAAACGAAAAUUGAAAAAAUUAACCAGAUUAUCAGUUGCUGAAUUAAAACAGCUUGUUUCAAGACCUGAUGUUGUCGAAAUGCAUGAUGUUACAGCCCGGGAUCCUAAAUUGCUGGUGCAAUUGAAAGCACAUAGGAAUACAGUUCAAGUACCAAGGCAUUGGUGUUUUAAAAGAAAGUAUCUACAAGGUAAGCGAGGAAUUGAAAAGCCUGCUUUUGAUUUACCAGCAUUUAUAAAGCGCACUGGUAUUAUGGAAAUGAGAGCAUCGCUACAAGAUAAGGACGAGUCCAGGUCACUGAAGUCUAAAAUGCGAGAACGGGCCAGACCAAAAAUGGGAAGGAUUGAUAUUGAUUACCAGAAACUACAUGAUGCUUUCUUUAAAUGGCAAACCAAACCACGAAUGACUAUUCAUGGUGAUUUAUAUUAUGAAGGAAAGGAAUAUGAAACGAGAUUAAAAGAAAAGAAACCUGGUGAUUUGUCAGAAGAACUAAAAACAGCUUUGGGAAUGCCUAUUGGACCUGGCAGUAAUAAAAUUCCUCCACCAUGGUUAAUCGCUCAGCAACGUUACGGUCCUCCCCCGAGUUAUCCCAGUUUGAAAAUACCAGGUUUGAAUGCACCAAUUCCAGAUGGCUGUGCUUUCGGUUACCACACUGGAGGUUGGGGUAAGCCACCUGUUGAUGAAAAAGGAAGACCGUUAUAUGGUGAUGUCUUUGGAGUGGUUCAAGAAAUCGAUGAGAAUAUUGAUGAAUCCACAAUUGAUAAAACCGCCUGGGGAGAAAUGGAAUCAGAAUCUGAAGAAUCUUCUACUGAAGAGGAGGAAGAAGAAGAGGCACCGGAGAAGCCAGAUGAGACUGGCUUAAUAACACCGGCGGAAGGAUUAGUAACACCUUCAGGAUUUAGUUCUAUUCCUGCUGGAAUGGAGACUCCAGAGACAAUAGAACUUCGUAAGAAGAAGAUUGAAAAUGAUAUGGAUGGCGAAGAGACACCAGUACUGUAUCAAGUUCUACCAGAACGCAGGACUGAUCGCAUCGGUUCAGCAAUGAUGGGAUCUACUCACGUAUAUGACAUGACAGGAGCUGGAGGUGCUCAACCACCCAGCGUUAUUGCUUCAAAACGUGGUGGAAUUCAAAAUGUUUCUGAGAAGGAAGGUGCCAUAGAAUUAGCAUUGGAUCCAUCCGAGUUGGACAUGGAUAACGAUGCCAUGGCCAUGCGCUAUGAGCAACAAUUGAAGGAACAACAAAGCCAUCUGCAGAAGGAAGAUUUAUCGGACAUGUUGGCUGAACAUGUGGCCAAACAGAAAACUAAAAGGAAACGUCAACAGACACAGGAUGGUAAACAAGCUAAGAAAUAUAAGGAAUUCAAAUUUUAAACUGGACUUACACGUAGGUGUAUUAUGUUGCUUCUAAAUAUUUAUGAAAAUAAUUUAAUCAAUAUUGUUUUAUAAAGUUUCUUUUUGGCACCGUUUUUUAAAGAUUAUGUAAUAUAGAUUUAAACAGAGAA